AUGUUGAUCGCCAUUGAAACCGAACAUGCUGUAAUACAUGAGAUGAAUGUGUGGCCUUCUAUGACUGUACUUGAACUGAAACAAAGAAUGGAACGGAAAUCAGGUGCCAAAGUGGCUCAGCAAGUAUUCUGGUUGAAUGGCCUGAAGUUGAAAGAUGAUAAAACCCUUAAUUACUAUGGAUUAAGAGAUGGAAUGGAGUUAUAUUUUAAAUACAACUACUUGCCCACUGGUAUAGUUACCAUUUCAGCUAAGACCAACACUAAAACUUACAAUAUGGUGGUGAAUGAGACAAUUACUGUAGUAGACUUGAAGGAGAUGAUCCAUCAGCUUUCAGGCAUUCCAAUAGAGCCCAUGACACUCUACCAUGGGGAGACACCACUGGAAAACAGUACACCUCUCUUUGCUUAUUACAUCUGUGAGGGUUCCCUUAUUAGAAUUGGUAUUGGGGAUGAGAAUUGA